UGCAGAUUGUGUGUGCAGACAGGCCACUCAAAUGGCUAAUUUUCAUGUUCAGAGGACUAUCCACAGCUUCACAACUCCAAUGCACAGGAAAGUUGUGUUUUCUUGCAAGAGAAGCAAGUCUGAAGGGCGUUCUUUUGGAAAAGUGUGUGGACACAUUGGAUUCUCCUGAAUAAAAUGUGGCCAUCUCGACGAACACCAUUUUUUCCCAGUUGGAACAGUCCUCGAGUCUCUUGCUGGACAAUUUUUAUUACCACAGAAAAUUAUAUGUACGUUAUCAUAAGUAAAGGAUAACUAUUUUCGUCAAGCCUGUUUUGGAAAAGGCAAGUUUAUUAAAACUUAUCCUUUAUAUGGCCAAUCUUUAGCUGCGUUCAGCAAAUGAAAACCCUUUUGAAUCUUUACUUCCUUUCUCUUUGAUGUUUGUAGUUUAUUGUAAAUCGAACGGUCUUUUGUAAUAAAAAGUUGCAUUGUUUGUCAACGGCUGGGCAACCAGAGUGAGUUCACAGAGAGGACAGAUUUUCUGACCGAUUAGCCGCUUUUAGCGGUGCAGACUGACCCCUCAAACCCUUGACCUUUAAAAAAGAUGGACAGCGCUCUUUCCACCAUUUCCUACGCCUGCAGAUAGGGGUUAAAAUGUAUCUUGUUAAAAAAAAAACUUACAAAGAUAUCCAAAUGACAUAUCCUGGAAACUCAUAUUUAAGUUCAUGGCGAUAAUGAGAGAAAACGUUUUUUAUAUAUAGUGUGUCUGUGUACGUAUAACUAAUUUAUGUAGUGCAUUUUAUUCUGUGGCAAUUGCCUGUGUAAAAGAGUAUUUGAUGAUAAUUUAUAUGUAACCUGCAAAAGUCUGUUUAAAAACAAUCCUUAUGCUUAGUAAGAAACAAUGCUUGUUUUAGGUCGUUUAGUUAAUAAUGUUUUGUAGUUCAUUGUUGGCAUGAUUUAAAAGAAUGGUUCAAAUUCUUCCCUUGUUACAGUGAGAUAAUGCAUCCAUUAAGAAGGGUCUAUUGUUAUGAUUAUUGAACAGAGGAGUAACGAGUAUGUUUUGUAUCAAGUAUGAGAUUGCUUUCUAGGAACCAUAUGUGUAUGUGUGUAGCUCUUUGUGGCCGGCAUUUUGAAAAUUUAUAUGUAAUUGCUUUAAUAAACAAGAAUGCAACAUUUCGUUUUUGUUGAUUAGACCUAGGUACACGCAUAUAAAAAUGUAUGAUUUCAGCAAAGUCAAACUUGACAGUUUGAGUUUGAAGCACAUCUAAAAUAAUAAGCGAGAUUGUCACUAACCGUAACAUUCUAUGGGUCUGUUUUUAAUCAACUGUAGAACAUGAUGUUCGUUGCAUAUGCAUUAUGUUAAUCAUAGGGUCUCAAAUACCAGACACAAUACGAAAACUAAUACACAUUUGAUUGGUUUAAUAAAGUAUCGACUAUGGCUAGUAAGGGUCGGUUUAGUGUCAAAUUUAGCAGCCUCUGGGGGAUGUAAAGGCAUACAUGAAAGAGUUGGUCUUACAUGUGACUGUUAUAUAUGCAGGGUACUGUAACAGUGAGUUCAAUAUCAAAAUGUCAGGCAGACAAUAAAGACAGCUUGAAGAAAUGCCCAAGAAUAUUGGACUGAAGCAGCUCGAGCUGUAGGUGACACAAAUGGCAGACCUGUCAAAUAUGGGAUCAGCACAGGCCAGUCAUUUUUGUAUUAUCACUUACCAGCAAGCUUCCAAAGACUAAAAGAAAGCCAAAGCAAAAAGAUUAAACUAAGAAGUGAAGGAAAGAGAAAAAAAACUCCACUCUCCAAGAUAAAGGGUCACGCGUCUCCUCUGUGUAUGUAUUGAAAUUUUAAUCUCCCCAGUCACGUGACUCAUUAAAUAAUUAAUGCAGCCGGUCCGGAAUAGAUAUGUAGUCGUCAGUAUUCGCACUAGAUCUGUUUCAGUCUGAUGUGAAAAUGAACUUUCCUUAAAAAUAAGUCUAUAUUUGGAAGACCUGUCUUAGAAAAGGAAGAGGCGCAAAUCAGACGCGAACUGUGAAUCAAGACUCGUUCCAGGCUAGUCUAAUUGGGCAUUGAGGUGAUCUAAGAAUCCCAAUUUAAAAGGUAAAACAUUUUGUUUUGAUUGUUCUGCUGAAAUUGGAUGUUUGAUUUCAGGUGGAGGCGUUUUAUUUUAGUGUAACAGGUGGUUUGGUGCUGCAGUUCAUUGGAAUCGGUGUCUACCAUAUGAAAACGUAAUUUAUUUUUUUCAACUUUGUUAUAAGAUGAGAGGUUCCGUGCACUCGGCAGAGCUGAUUCCUUCCACGUUGAAAUGUCUCACCCAGCUGCAAAAGGUAGUCAUGGAGUCAUUGAAGAGUAGCAGGUCGGUGGUUAUUUAAAGAAACAAAAGGCGAGGGUAAUUCCUUUGUUUGGGGUUCACCACAACCUCAAAUAAAUCACUUCAGCUAGAAACAUAAAGAUGAUUUAGUUAAAACAGUGUCAUAUUAUCGUAUGUAAAGGAAAGACAACGUUCCCUGUGAUAUUAUGAAAUAAUAUAUCUUUCAUUUUGAACUCUGUAUGGAUUUGAAACCUAUAAUCAACUGGGGAGAGAAUCAUUAAACAUUUACUGUAAUUGCAUAGGGUAUGUUAGUUUGUUGUCAUACAGACUGCCAAAAUAAAAGCACUUGUAACCACAUUUGAAGGCUGGUAUGUUUUGUACAACCAACCAUUCAAUUUUCAAUGACACCUCAAUGCACUCUUUCUCAAAGUCUGCACUUAUAAUGUUAGUAUCCAAUUCUAUCCCAUUUACUUUUACAUAUGAAUUUAAAGCCAGAAUGUACAGCUGUAAACAACAAAAUAUGUUGAAGACGUUUGAACCCUCUCGGUUAGAGGUGAACGUAAAAUAUGUCAGAUUUCUUUGUUUUAUUAUUAGGAGACUGGCAACAAAAAUGCAACUAAGAACCAUUCUCCCUGUUCCGUUUGUUCCAUCUUUGUGUUUGGUGUACAUAGCUGAACGCACAGACUUUCCGAUUUGAUUUGCAAUUUUAACGAAAAACGAAAAGCAUUGUUCGGAAAUAAAUAAUUCUUUUGUUAUGAUUUACACAUCUGAAAUCCAGUUCAAAUACAAGUUCUAUACAAGUACGAGAAAACACGCCGAAAUGAAAAGCACAUCGAAAUAUUCUUAAACCUUUUAUAAAGUAAAUAAGUUCUCAAGUAAGAAUAGACAGGGGUGGGAAUGUAGGGUAAAACGGCAAAAACAUCUUUAAUUUUCCAAUACUCCAUAACAGAAUACCGAACAAUAUGUCGGUUAAAGGUAACAUUUUGUCGGCUUUAAAUAGUAUUGUUAGACUUUGUCAAAUCCCAGAUUAGCAAGUGUUCACACUUCCUGCUUAAUUUAAAGGGCUAUUUGAUAACUAGAGGCGUUUUAUUGCGGGGCGCAAUAAAUUACCCAACCUUAAUGUUUUGUUGUGAUGGGUUUGUCAAUUGCACCCGCAUACAAAAAUGAGUUUCUUACAAGGCCACUCUUAAAAUGGAAGUAACAGGACUUUAUUGAUGCGAGACUGGUUUGCUUUUCAGAUAGUUUUUGAAUGAAGUUUAUAUAAUAUAGAUUAAAAUAAAACAAUUGUUUUACUGCGAUCAAUCUUCUGUUGGAAUGUUUUCUCAUGCUCCAGCACGAUCAGCGUCGGCCUAAAUCUCACAUCAGAUCCUGCUUCAUUUUUUAUUUCCCAGCUUCAGGGUCGAAUGUUUUCAACUAAAGAGUUUAUUUGUACUGAGGAAUAAAUAAAUAAUAUUUAGCCGUGCUUAAACAGUGGGAAAAUGUUAUUUGUUUAUCCAUAGUUUUAAGUGUAUAACGUACAUAUAUCUAAAUGAUGCUUAAAGAAAAUGAAGAGUAAAAUGAAUCGUGUAGCAGUGAUUCGUGCAUAACGUGCAAAUCCCAUUUGCCCUGCCAUGCUGUUCGGCUUCAACCUUACCUUCAUAACGUAAUGGGACUUAGCUCUCCUCAAGACUAGAGCAGCUGUUUCCUAAAUCAACUCCGCAUAAAUGUACUGUCAGUUUGCAAGCAUACUAGCCUAACAAUGAACCACAGAAACUUUAUUGUAUGUGCGUAAUAACCAGAUUUGAUCCAGAUUCUGCUAACAAUUAUUUUUAAGUCACGUGAACGGAUUCCAUAAGGGUUUUCUUCCCCCUCGAUUCGGCCCAGCUUGUUUGCGGGGCUCCUUUCCUCUCUCUCGCUUUAAUGCAUAGGUCUCACCGAAAACCGGCACCCCCAGACGUCUGCAGAAACGUAUAAGGCAAACAGUUUGUAUUUGCAGGGCGCCGAAUCAGUACGAAGGAGUGAAAUUUCCUUCUCCUGAUGAUCUGAUUUGAAAAGGUUUUGCAGAAAGAGAAGCCGUCCAGAGUAAACAGAGUGCAAUAAAGUCAAAACAGCCGGAUAGCCUGGAAAAUGUAGACUCUUCGGUAUGCGUUGAAACUUCCCUCCUGUAAAGCACAUUACCAACUUCGCAGCCGGCUUUAUCUAUCCUUUGACGAUGGUUUGGAUUUUGCUGAAUUCUCAGACUAUAUUCUAAAUAACAAUUCUACAGCCAGAGACUUUUCAGCGAGACUGACGAACUUUCGGGCACGCUACCAUAAUCACAGGGCUGUCCAUCCAAAAGCUAGAGUCCGCUCGCCUGUUCUUUGCUGCUCUACCAUUUUCCCUUCCCCAUUUGUCGUUGUCGUCAACCAGUGACUUUCAGCGUGUAAGAGUAAACUGUUUGCCUACAUUCUACUUAAUUUGGAAGUUUUGAAACUCCUGCUUAUCGAUUUCCCUGGUGAAUCUGCAAAUAUUGUGCCGUGGUCUGCGUCUAUCGUCAGAGGCUAAGGAACCAGCUCGUUAAACCAAUCCAGAGGCCUGUGGCUUCAGGCGCAGCACAGGUCUACCCGAAGAGGCCAUUGGAAGAGGAGAGUCACGUGACACAGGGUGCCAAUGUUAUUCUAUAAGGGUGUCAAGACCCUGUCAUUUUGCGAAAUAAAUAUUGGGAAACAACGAGAUGCAAAAGGCGACAUACUACGACAGCUCUGCAAUUUUCGGAGGUUACACAUACCAAGGAGCAAAUGGUUUUAACUACAAUGCCAGUCAACAACAAUAUCCUCCUUCUUCCCAUGUGGAAAAUGACUAUCAUCGGCCAGCCUGCUCUCUGCAGUCACCGGCUAACACUGUCCCCCACCACAAACCCAACGAUAUCAAUGAAAGUUGCAUGCGAACCAGUGCCAGCCAACCGAGCCACCACCCAGUCAUUGCAGAGCAGCAGCAACAGAAGCAGCCACCACCUCCUCCACCACCACCACCACCAUCUGUCUCACCACCCCAGAAUACCAGCAACAACUCGACCCAGGCCAGCACAAACAAAAAUCCUACACUUACCUCACAAACCACCAUCAGUAAACAAAUAUUCCCCUGGAUGAAAGAGUCGCGCCAAAACGCCAAGCAAAAAACCAGCAGUUCCAGUUCAGUUGAAAGUUCAGCUGGUGAAAAGAGUCCUCCAGGCCCAGCCUCCAAGAGGGCACGCACAGCAUACACCAGUGCCCAACUGGUAGAACUGGAGAAGGAGUUUCACUUUAACCGCUACCUUUGUAGGCCAAGGAGGGUUGAAAUGGCCAACCUCUUAAACCUCACUGAAAGACAGAUUAAAAUCUGGUUCCAAAAUCGGAGAAUGAAGUACAAAAAGGAUCAGAAAGCGAAAGGCAUGCUAACUUCAUCAGGCGGACAGUCACCCUGCAGAAGCCCCAUCCCACCAUCAGCUGCAGGAGGAUUUGUAAACUCGAUGCAUUCCUUGACAACCAGUGCUCCAUAUGAUCCCCACUCGCCUACAUCCUUCAAUAAACCUCAUCAAAACACCUACGCUAUUCCUACGUCUUAUCCAGGGCCCCUCAACAGUUGCCCACCUCCACAGAAGAGGUAUGCUGGGACAGCCGCUGUGACACCUGAGUAUGAUACGCAUCCUCUUCAAGGUAAUUCUGGCUAUGGAACUCCUCAUUUACAGGGUAGCCCAGUCUAUGUUGGAGGAAAUUUUGUGGAAUCCAUGCCAAGCUCUGGGCCUUCCCUUUUCAGCCUAACUCACCUCGGUCAUCCUCCCUCUGGAAAUAUGGACUAUAACAGUGCAGGGCCAAUGACAAGCAACCAUCACCAUGGACCUUGCGACCCACAUCCCACGUACACAGACCUUUCUUCACACCAUCCGUCUCAGGGAAGAAUUCAGGAAGCACCCAAGCUGACCCAUCUGUAGUGGACCAGUUAGCUCCUGGUGGACUAUCACUUUCUCAUGCUUUUAUAUCAUGUUAUCUAUGAUUACAUCCUUCUUCCGCCCUUUCCUUUUUGCUUUAGUAUCAACCCUUAUAGGUUACAAGUAAUGUACCUAAUGACAACCAAUCUUUGCUUGCAUUGCUCUGUCUCUGGUUAGUGGUUGUUCUUUUCAUGGACUCUAGCCUUAACAUUCAGUAGUAGAAGUGAAGUACUAAGGCUUACAGAACUUUGCAUAUAUAAUCUUCUACUUUAUGGAACAGGGUAUAUGAACAAAUUUUCUAAAAAAAAAUACAAUACUUAAACGUGAAUUUGUUCGUGCUUUAUUUUUCCUUGCGAGGAACAGUAAAAUGGUUUAUAUUGCACUUCUUUACAUUGAAUGGUUAAACAAGAUCAAAGCGCUUGUACAGGGUCUCCCUGGGCAAAUAAGAGUUCUUGUCCAUCUUUCAGUAUGUGUGUAUGCUGGUGAACAUUCAAAUUUAUUUAUUUGCUCUUGCAAAGGAGAAUAUUCUAAGUGUUUAAAAUAUUAUUUAUCCCCAUUGACGCAUAUUUAUAAAUAGAACUGUACAUUGACUAUUUACUUUGUUCUGUUCAGCCUUGUGUUUUAAGUCAUGGUAAAUAUAUGUUUUUUUUUAAUUCCUGUAAGAUACACAGAAAAGUAGUUUUCUGUUAGUAAUGUAUUCUUGAAAAACGCAAUUUGGUCAAUUGUGGGAAUAACGCCAAGAAAAGGGACUUAGUCUGUAACUGUAGUAUUCUUAAAAUGGAACACAAAAUUGCCACAAUUUUGUUUUAGGUAUGCAUUCCAUGCUGCAAAUGAGAUAUCCGUUGAACAGCUAGU